AUGCGGGCAUACAGGCUCAAGAAAAAAAAUUCAGAUAGUAGUGUAAUGACUGAAGGAGUAACAAGUCUGAAAAAUGGAGUUUCUAGCCAGGAAAUGUAUUUAUCUGAGUUUAAAAUAAGUAACUGUGGAGAGCUUCACCAACAAGAGUGGGCAAAACUGAACAUGCAAAAGUUUCAUUAGCCUGAAAUUCAUCCGAUUGCUUCGAGUCGUUUUCUCCUCUCAACAACGUCUGAAUCGACCGGCUGUUAAUGCCGUCCAGUGACGUCACUCACUACCCAAAAACCGGGUAGUGAUUUUGAUUGGUUCAUUGUCUAAACAUUCGCAUAAUUAUGUAUAAUUAUGAAACAUUUUAGCGGGAUUGUCGCUUGAUAUUCAGUGGAUCGCAUCCCUGGCAUUCUUUCGUUUAGUUCAAACAUUUCUAUUAGCUUAAUCUUUAUCUUAAACAGCAAAAUUGCCCUCGUCUUUGAAACUGACAUGCUAAAUUGAACUGCGAAUGAAAAAUCAUUGCGAAGAGUCAGUAGGUUUUUCAUUUAGAGCCGCUUUGUGGUUUCAGCGGCCGGUGAUUUUGUUUAUGCGAAGUUUUCUGACAUCAAUGUUGUAAUUGGACCUUCUUAAAUGCUAUUUGGGACUGUGCAAUAAUGCAAUGUAGGGGGGGCUGAAAAACUAGAGGGAGGGCAUUACAUAAAAUUGCUGCCAAAAUAGGGGGGGCUCAAAGUAAAAUCAUUCAUUUGACAGAGGGGGUCCUUAAGUUUUAUUCAAAAUGUAAAUAAAAUUAAACGCAAUAAAAUAUUCUCAAUACAGGCAUCAUGAUAGACUGUAACAAAUAUCAACACGAAAAGCUGUUAAACGAUUAUUGAAAGUAUAUUUCCAUCAAAAUGAAAAGCAAAUUCACAACUGAUCAAUUUUAACCCGUUUCUAAUUAAUAGAGCUGAUCCUAUGUAAAGCAAAAAUGAUGCACUUGUUUUUCAGCUUCCCCCAUAAAACAAUGGGAAUCAAACAGAUCUCGCAGACAAACUUUGUCGGUUUUUGAUGUGAAUAAAAGUAAUGUUUCUUCAUCGACUGAAUCAAUUUGCUGAAUUCCAUAUAUAUGUGGCUCAUAACAAAGUUCAACAGGCUCUCCUCCCAAGGAUCUAAAUAUAAUGCAAGCUCUUUUCGUCUGUUAUUUGAAGCGUUCAAUCUCCUGUUCUUUGAUUUUUUCUCUGCUCCUUUCUCUUUCUGGCUUCAGAAAUUUUAGAUUUUGAGCCAAUGUGGUAAGCACCCCGGUACUUAGCAAAUGCUUUGUCUAAAUCUUCAAUCAAGCGAUCAACAUCCUUCUCGAUACUAGAUGUUACAUAAUAACAUUUGUCAUUAUUGAAGCUGUGAUGGCAGCUCAGUCCAGUUUUGAGUUUACCAGUGUGGUGGGAGGGGGGGUGCUACUUUAUUUUUAACAUAACAGAGGGGGGUUAGAAUUAAUUUUUUUUUGUUUUAGAGGGGGUGUACUGUCUAAGUUUUUGCUAGAUAACUCUAGUUUUUCAGCCCCCCCCUCCUGAUAGUUAUUGCACAGUCCCUAAAAAUUUACCGUCAAGUGAAAUGAUUCUGUUAGCUUUUCUUUCUUGUCUCCUUGUUUUUUUCUUUGCUAAGGACCAAAUAGCUUCUUUUCAAUUAAAGCAAAUCAUUGUGUUUUUGAACUAAGUGUUCCUUGUGUGUCUUUAUUUCAUUUCAUUGCGUGCUUGUGACCGAGUUUGUGAUUAUAGAAUUUAGUACAACCGCUUCAGAUUUUUAUUACGUGCAGUUGAUAGUUUGAACGUUAAACAUGAAUUACAAUAGAAAAAAUAAAGCAGUUCUGUAUCAUGCAGACACUUCCAAACGAUAUUUCUCGGUUUGCCACUUGAAAAUCGUGUGUUACUUUUUGCAUGAAUUAAAGCAAAGGUCAAGGAGUAGUGACGUCACUGGACGGUAAUAACGGCCAGUCGAUUCAGACGUUACUGAGGGAGUAAUAACGACUCGAAGUAAUCGGAUGAAAUUCAGGCUAUUAAAAGUUUCAUGAUUCGAUGAAGUUAAGAAUUUCUUUAUGUCAAUGCUGUCAUGAAGCAUGGCCACUUCACAUUAAAACAAAAAAGAAAAAGGAACCAUAUAUUUGUACCAGGUGCUUAAGAGACAAGAAUGAUACAAAAAAAUUUUCAUUUGAAAACAGCUUGCUACCAUCUGCUGUGCCAGUAGCACUUGAAAAUCUGACACAAAUAGAAGAAAUGGUCAUAGCCAGAGUGUUCCCCGUUAUGAGUGUUUAUACUAAGCCAGGAGGGCAGAGAGCAUAUAGAGGCCAUUGCAUCAAUUUUCCCCAAGAAGUUCAACAGCUUUUUUAUACUUUGCCUAGGCAACCAAAAGAAUUACCAGUUAUUAUAGUUACAGUUGAGGGUAAAAAUGAUAUGUCAAAAGAUCUAAUUGUGCGUCCUGAAAAAGUUUCAUAUGUCUUGCUGGUGAGUCACAAUCCUGUUUACAGAGAUGUACAGAUUGAUUAUGAAUGUUUAGCUCAACUUCCCUUAGAAGGCAUUCCAGCUGAUCCCUCAAAAGUAAGGUGCGAAAAAGGAAGCGGAAGCGAAGAAUUAGAUCCAGACAGAGAGUCCACUUGA